UAUCGAGGAAACAAUGAACGGGCUGUGUUACACGGCUACCUUGGAGAAGAUCAAAUGUCAGAUCGGUGUCCAGUGGUUUCCACGGCAGCUAACCAUGUUAAAGGUUAAAUGCGGCGCGUAUCUCUUUGGCGCGGCGCAAUCAAAAGCGCAGAGCUGCCCGCGUAUGCAAAACAGGAAGGAAGAUCCUUUUCGCCGGGUGGAGGGGAGGAAGCGGUUCCCCCACCGUGGCGCCGGUAAACUGGUCGCGUGUGAGCCCGGGGGGCGUGGCCUCCAGGUAGCGAAGAGGUGCGAGCGAAGAGUGCAGGUGAGAAGAGAGAAACCCAAGCAGGUAAGCGGCUCGGUUGCGAGCAGACUGUGACGCGCGUUCCACGCGAGACCGUGCGUCUACCCUUCUCGACCAGAUCAGGGUCAGUCAGGGUCUUGCUGUUAGUCAGGACGUUCCUGAGAGCAUCUCAUCGAGCAGCUGUCAGAAAUUACUUUUACCCGUGACUCUCCUUACAUUUUCAUCAGAUCAAUUCGACAUCGAAUAUAAAGUGUGCUGUUAUCACGCUUCCGCGCGAACCGGAAACACGAGACCGCGACCUAACCUAACGCCACGUGCAAGAUCGCGAGAGUGAAUGGAAAGACACUGUAGGUGAACCGUCUCUGUGGGGUUAAUUGUGUCGCGGAUUUGUGUGAAGCUUGGAAAUCUAGUGCCGAUUACGGAGCCUCCAUGAACUGUCGGAUGAUCUAAAGUAGGGAUCGAUCGACGAAUUGGACGUAAUGUGCGAAGCGGUGCCGCGAACUUGGUACAUGAAACCGGAACUUCACUGCAAUGCGAUCGGAGUUCCGGCGGGUGCAUUGUCACCCCCAGCCACACUUUCACCGCCGAGCAGUCCGAGUGUCACUCUGCCACCUUCACCUUGGAGUCCAGGCGCAGCCGGAAACAGCCUGAGCACCGCGACAUCCUCCAAUCCCUCCUCGGUUUCCUCCGUGAACCUCAGCCAACCGGCACCCGACCGAUUUAGCGCUUUCACCCUUGUCUCGACCUGCAAUCCCGACGCGAGACUUCAGAGUUUACCUUUAACCAGCAGCACGCCACGAGAGAUGCGCUGCGGGUUAAUGUACGGUGGUUAUGGGUCAACCGGAGCUGCAUGGUGGGCACGACACGUGAGUCUCUUACUGCCCCCUUCUCUGUUGCCACCCUCGAGGAUCACCAGCCAACAAACCAGUACACCGGUCGCAAAUUGCUCGCCCAUUCACACGGAAGCCUUGAAUUCGUCCCGAGCUGGCUCACCCCGAAGAUGCACCCCUGACAAACCUAAAUUCGAGGAAGAAGCUCCUUUGAAUUUAAGCACCAAACCGAAUGAUGUUUCGUCCAGCGUUGGAAGGAAAAGUGAAAUUUGGUCACCGGGUACUGUUUGCGAGAGGGAAGCGAAGGAGACCAGGAUACCAUCUUCCAGGAGUCCAUCCUCCACGCCCGUGAUCACCCGACAAAUUCAUCAUUCACCCUUGACGCCCCCGUCAUCCUCGGAAAGAACCUUCCAAUGUAAACAGUGUGGAAAAGCGUUCAAACGAUCGAGUACUCUUAGCACUCACCUACUGAUCCAUUCGGACACCAGACCAUAUCCCUGUCAAUACUGUGGCAAAAGGUUUCACCAGAAGUCGGACAUGAAGAAGCACACUUAUAUUCAUACCGGUGAGAAACCUCACAAGUGCGUGGUCUGCGGCAAAGCGUUCUCACAGAGCAGCAAUCUGAUCACACAUAUGCGUAAACACACGGGUUACAAGCCGUUCGAGUGUGGCCUGUGCGACAAAGCUUUCCAGAGGAAGGUCGACCUGCGAAGACACCGGGAAGGGCAGCAUCCAGCGGCACCGGCCCUCGACUAUCGUUCCCUUCAGCUACCCUCUCAACCGAACGACCUGAAACAUUCACCGCCACUUCAGCAAACCUCCUACCACGUUAUCCCUGUUCCCGGUAACAGUUGAGAUCAUUUUCUCCUCUCCAUAUCUUUGUCUUCGUUUCAAUCUCUAUCCCUAUACCCUUUGUCCUUUUAAACGUGCGGAUCUACUAAUUUCUCAGCCGCGAAUUCUCCCUGGAUACAAUUCGGAGAAGAUUCGACGGCACAGGUACGAGUUUCAAAAUGGAAGAGGAUUAUCGUUAUUGAAAGUAUCGUAGAAAAAAACGUAUACGUCCAUUAGAAUGAGUAAUCGGUGAGAGUGGAAGAAGUCGUUUUUGUUUAUCUCGAGGAAUUUCGUCUAGCACGAAUGCGUUAGGUAGAAUGUAUAAGGAACACCUGUUCCUACUACCUGGCCUCCGUUGGUAACCGGUAUUUAAAUACCUUCGAAACGUUCGACAAUGGAAACGCGCCUUAAGAGAGCUUCGCUUUUGCAUAUUUUUUAAGCUAAAUUAGAGAUCUGAUACAUGAUAUUGCGUUCGGUUUCUACGCGAUGCCUUGUUAUGAGAUAGGGAAUUUUAACCGUCCAUUAAUUGCUGUAUAUAUAGACGUACAUUUAUAGAAAUAAUAACGAAGAAAAUUGUAUAUGUAUAUAUUAUAUAUUUACAUGAUGUAUGCGUGGCGUAAUCGUACACGCGUGAAAGGGAGUACAUUGGAGUAUGAACAAUCUUUUCUCCGAGAAAUAAGAUAUUAAUUAAAAUUAAGAAAUUUAAAGAAUCCCAUUUCCCUUUCCUCGUGUAUCAUUACCAGCGCGUGUGUGAGUGCUCGAGCGCACAAAUCCGUGUAUAUCAGACAUGCAUAGCAAGUGCCUAGUAUAUGUAUUAAUACCAGCUAGCGUUACCAAUUGCACGUGCAGGGUUUUUGAAAUGUUUCAAUCUACGUCCACUUACAUUUGAAAGCGAUUUUUAUUAAUCACUCGAGUGGCAAUAUCGAUAAGGAUACGUGUUUCUUUUACCAGUGAGAAAUAGAUGCAGGAAUAUCGAAGGAAAUUAAGAGUAAUUAUUAUAGAUAUAUAUAUAUAUAUCUUCCAUUCGGUUGAAUCGUCAAGGCGCACAUUCAAAUGGUAAAUGAAAAAUGAAACAGAUAUGUAUAAUGAAGUCUCAUCGAAUUCGAACGAAGUGGAAAAAAAUUCGAAAUGGCAAAGAAUCAUAGCGGCUAGAGGACCAAAGAUAGAAUAAGUCGGACCUGGUCGAAAGGUAUUUAUUCGGGUGUAUUCGAAAUUUGGAUAAUUUGAAAUUAAACAGCCCGAAGGAAAUUAACCGAAGACUUUGGUCCCGUGUGCGUACAGAAUUGUAUCAUACCAUUAGCGUUUAAGUGAUCGAUUAAUUAAGAAUCGUGGAUUGUAAUGAAAAUUUGUCCGAUCUCAUGUUCACCGUGUCUUUGUAAUCGCGUGAAGGAGAUUUUUAUUUAGAUAAAUCGAUUAGUUAAUCCUUGGAUCGUUACGAAAUUUGCGUUUAUACGUUUGACAAAUGUUUUAGCGAUGGAAAACCGAGGCGGAUGAGAUAAAUAGAUUUAAUUAAAUGCGAGCGUGAUAAUCGAAUGACUGUCAAAUGCGUGAAGACAGAUUUGUGUUAAUCGGUAAAACCAAAAAUAUGUUUAUAACUUGUAUAAAUAUGGUAUCGGU